AUGUACCUGCGAUACUACACAGACGAACAGGGCAGGCGGGUGUACACUCUGAAGACGCAUGCGCCGGAUGGGACCCCGACUCUUUCUGCUCACCCGCCUCGCUUCUCGCCGGACGACAAGUACAGCGCCGAGCGUGUUGCUUUGAAGCGUCGGUUCAAGUUGCUGCCCACACAGCAGCCCGCCCCGGAGUUCUAA